AUGAUAAGUAUCGUCCAUGACAAGGGAACGGAUACGUCAAGUGGGAUUCUGAAUGUAAUUUCGAAUUCAGAAAUACUUUUUAAUUUGAAUUUUCAGUUUUUCUGUGUAGUUCUUCUGCUAUGCUCACUUUGGUGCCAAUCAAAGACAUUAUUUACCAUAAUUUCCAUUUUUAAUAUAAUUGACACAUUCUCUGAAUUCUAUCUCCUUUUUACAAGAAUCUUGGUGGCUUUAGAAAUAACAUUAUUCUGGUUGUGUUCUCCGUUGUUCGAGUUGGCUUCAGCUCACUUUUCGCCGUCGUUUUGA